AUGGCCGAACAUCUGUCGCAGAGCGAGCUGGACUACCCGUUUAAACUGCUCGAGUACUUUAACGGUUUCAGGGUGUCAAAGGUGAUCUUCUCCGCCUGUGAGCUGGGCGUCUUCGACCUCUUGACGACGUCGCCCUGCGCCCUGAGCGCCCAGCAGGUGGCGCAGGCGCUGCACGCCAGCGUGGACGGAACAGAGCGACUGCUGGACGCUCUGGUGGGCAUCGAGAUACUCCACGUGGAGACGCAGGCGGAGGACGGGACAGCUCUUUACAGCAGCACUGAAGUGGCCAGCAUGUACUUGGCCAAAGGUGGCGCCAAGUCGCUGCACGACAUGGCGAUCUACCAGUCGCAGAUCAUCUACCCGCUGUGGAACAACAUGGUGGAUGCCGUCAGGGAGGGCAAAAAUCAGAACCAGAAGCUCUUCGGCAUCCCGCCGGAGGAGGUCUUCCGAGCCGUCUACAGGUCCGACGAAGAGAUGCUGAAGUUCAUGGGCCUGAUGAACUCCUCCUGGGUGCUGGACGGAUACGACGUGGUGAUGGCGUUCAGCCUGGCCGGCUUCCGGAACAUCGUCGACCUCGGAGGAUGCACCGGCGCGCUGGCCCGCGAGAUAGCGAAGGCGUACCCCUCUUCGUCCGUCACCGUUUUCGACAUGCCGGCGGUGGUGGAAAUGGCCACGAAGCGCUUCCUGCGGGCGGACGACACCUUCACAUUCCAGAGCGGAGAUUUUUUCCACGGUGAACUUCCUGUCGCCGACUUGUACGUCCUGGCUCGCAUCCUCCAUGACUGGUCUGAAGACAAAUGUGUGACGCUCCUCAAGAGGAUCUGCGACGUCUGCGAACCAGCUCUUUACAGCAGAACCGACGUGGCCGGCGCGUACGUGGCUUCGCUGCACGACAUGGCGCUCUACCAGUCGCGGAUCGUCGACCCGCUGCGAGACAACAUGGUGGACGCCGUCAGGUCAUCUGAACAUGACGUGCGUCCUGCACCUUCUCACAGGGAGGGCAGGAAUCAGAACCAGAAGACCUUCGGCAUCCCACCUGAGGAGGUCCGACGAGGAGAUGCUGAUGUUGGUCUGACGAACUCCUCCGUAGUGAGGGCUGGCCUUCAGCCUCGCCGGCUUCCGGAACAUCGUGGGAAGACAUACGGCCACCGGGGGGAGAUGUCGAAGCAAGUGACGCAUGCUAAAAGCUAACAGCCAAGCCAGAGCUACAUAAAUCACUUGAUCUUAUGAUACAGUAUCAAUACAUGAGUGCUAAAUAUCGAUAAAAGAUGAUUGUAACAUCGCUCAGUAUAUGCGUAGCUGUUACAUUUGGGGGGGAUUCGUUAGCAAUUCGGUGUUUUAGGAUAUGUGAUCUUAAUCUCCCAGGAUGCACCGGUGCACUGGCCCGCGAGAUGCCACCGGUGGCAGAAAUUGCUUGAGUCGCUCUCGCCAAGCACUUACUGCAGAAGAGCGCCAACUUCGCAUUCCAGAGCGCCAGCACCUGGACGUAACCGGCACCGAUUGAUUCCCAACAUGAUGACAAAGUCUAUUAAACGCAAACCAGCCCCCUCUGGUGCACGUGCUGAGGCCCUGCAGUGUUCGUCCGAGCGUAAACGACGACAUUGUCACCGAGGAUUACGCCACUGGCCAUGUGAUGCACCUAUUUACACCUCCGAUUGCCACUCUGUAUGAAUUACAAAAUACAUAUUUCUACUUCUUGCCCCUUUUUCAAUGUUCCGUCUACAUCUUCAUGGUGAGCGGGACUGAGCCUCUUCUAGCACUCUGUAAUUAAGUCAUUUUAAUUGUUGUAAAUGCUUUUUUCAACUGCCAUAUGAAACUAUUUUUUAAUUAGGUGGUUAUGUUUAUUAUAUUUUAUGCUGAGUCAGACUAAGCACCUUGCAGUAACCUAUGUUUCUCUUUCUUUUUCCUUAAUGUCAUUUUCCACCACUUUAUACAAUUAUUAUUCAUAUUCUUAUUCAUAUUCAUAUAAUUAUGACUAUAUUUUACAGUGACCGGGACUAAGAUCAAUGUAGGGCAAAAAUGUUUUCUUCCUACUUUUUGGUCAUUAAAUGCUGUAUACCCUUA